CAGCUGGGACGUGGGCCUGAGACCUGAGGGCUCAGUUGGGAACCGGCGGUGGAUGUGCCCGCCGAGGCCUCCGCUGCGGUCCCAGCGUAUCAGCGCCUGUUCUGUCCGCGCCGUCUACCAUGGCCGUGCGCCCCAUGCGCCGCCGCUGCCUUCAGGCGCUCGUGCUAUGCUUCGCCUGGGGGGCUAUGGCGGUGGUCUCCUCGAAGCCGGGGGCAGGCUGUCCAAGCCGCUGCCUGUGCUUCCGUACCACCGUGCGCUGCAUGCAUCUGUUGCUGGAGGCCGUGCCCGCCGUGGCGCCGCAGACCUCCAUCCUGGAUCUUCGGUUCAACAGAAUCAGAGAGAUCCAACCUGGGGCAUUCAGGAAGCUGAGGAACUUGAACACACUGCUUCUCAACAAUAACCAGAUCAAGAGGAUUCCCAGUGGUGCCUUUGAGGACCUGGAGAACUUAAAAUACCUCUAUUUGUACAAGAAUGAGAUCCAGUCAAUUGACAGGCAAGCAUUUAAGGGACUUGCCUCUCUAGAGCAACUGUACCUACACUUCAAUCAGAUAGAAACUCUGGACCCGGAAUCCUUCCAGCACCUGCCGAAGCUGGAGAGAUUAUUUUUACACAACAACCGUAUCACACACUUGGUUCCUGGGACGUUCAGCCACUUGGAGUCCAUGAAAAGACUGCGAUUGGACUCAAAUGCGCUUCACUGUGACUGUGAAAUACUGUGGUUGGCAGAUCUGCUGAAGACCUACGCCCAGUCUGGGAACGCGCAGGCAGCAGCCACCUGCGAGUAUCCAAGACGCAUCCAAGGACGCUCUGUGGCUACCAUCACUCCAGAAGAGCUGAACUGUGAACGGCCCCGGAUCACGUCAGAGCCACAGGACGCAGAUGUCACAUCAGGGAACACAGUGUACUUUACCUGCAGGGCUGAGGGAAACCCCAAACCUGAGAUCAUCUGGCUUCGAAACAAUAAUGAGCUGAGCAUGAAGACAGAUUCACGCUUAAACUUACUGGACGAUGGCACGCUGAUGAUCCAGAACACACAAGAGGCAGAUGAGGGCGUCUACCAGUGCAUGGCAAAAAAUGUGGCUGGCGAGGCGAAAACCCACGAAGUGACCCUCAGGUACUUGGGGUCUCCAGCCCGACCCACUUUUGUAAUCCAGCCGCAGAACACAGAGGUGCUGGUGGGCGAGAGCGUCACUUUGGAGUGCAGCGCCACCGGCCACCCUUUGCCACAGAUCACCUGGACAAGAGGUGACCGGACGCCCUUACCGGUUGACCCUCGAGUGAAUAUCACUCCCUCUGGAGGACUGUAUAUACAGAAUGUCGACCAGAGCGACAGUGGGGAGUACACGUGCUUUGCGUCCAACAGUGUGGACAGCAUCCAUGCCACGGCCUUCAUCAUUGUACAAGCCCUCCCUCAGUUCACUGUGACCCCUCAGAGCAGAGUGGUCAUCGAAGGACAGACUGUGGACUUCCAGUGUGAAGCUAAGGGCUACCCGCAGCCCGUCAUCGCCUGGACCAAGGGAGGGAGCCAGCUCUCAGUGGACAGGCGGCACCUGGUGCUAUCCUCAGGCACACUCAGGAUCUCUGGGGUUGCCCUGCAUGACCAGGGCCAGUAUGAAUGCCAGGCUGUCAACAUCAUCGGCUCACAGAAGGUCGUGGCCCACCUGACUGUACAGCCCAGAGUCACCCCAGUGUUUGCCAGCAUUCCCAGCGACAUGACUGUGGAGGUGGGCACCAAUGUGCAGCUGCCAUGUAGCUCCCAGGGUGAACCGGAGCCAGCCAUCACCUGGAACAAGGAUGGUGUUCAGGUAACAGAAAGUGGGAAAUUUCACAUCAGCCCCGAAGGAUUUUUAACCAUCCAUGAUGUUGGCCCUGCGGACGCAGGUCGCUAUGAAUGUGUAGCUCGGAACACGAUUGGAUAUGCCUCCGUCAGCAUGGUACUCAGUGUGAACGUUCCCGAUGUCAGUCGAAAUGGAGAUCCGUAUGUCGCUACCUCUAUUGUUGAAGCCAUUGCAACCAUUGACAGAGCCAUCAACUCUACACGGACACAUUUAUUUGACAGCCGUCCUCAUUCUCCAAACGACCUACUGGCCCUGUUCCGGUACCCACGGGACCCAUACACAGUGGGACAAGCCAGGGCAGGAGAGAUAUUCGAGCGGACCCUGCAGCUGAUCCAGGAGCAUGUUCAGCAUGGCUUGAUGGUGGACUUGAACGGAACAAGUUACCACUACAACGAUCUGGUGUCCCCGCAGUACCUGAGCCUUAUUGCCAACCUGUCGGGCUGCACCGCCCACCGGCGCGUGAACAACUGCUCGGACAUGUGCUUCCACCAGAAGUACAGGACGCAUGACGGCACAUGCAACAACCUGCAACACCCGAUGUGGGGCGCCUCACUGACCGCCUUUGAGCGCCUGCUGAAGGCGGUGUACGAGAACGGCUUCAACACGCCUCGUGGCAUCAACCCCCAGCGUCAGUACAAUGGGCAUGUGCUUCCCAUGCCCCGCCUCGUGUCCACCACACUGAUUGGGACAGAGGUGAUCACCCCUGAUGAGCAGUUUACACACAUGUUGAUGCAGUGGGGUCAGUUCCUUGACCACGACCUGGACUCUACAGUGGUGGCCCUGAGCCAGGCUCGGUUCUCCGAUGGACAGCAUUGCAGCAACGUGUGCAGCAAUGACCCCCCGUGCUUCUCUGUCAUGAUUCCCCCCAAUGACCCUCGUGUGCGGAGCGGGGCCCGCUGCAUGUUCUUUGUGCGGUCGAGCCCCGUGUGUGGUAGUGGCAUGACGUCCCUGCUCAUGAACUCCGUGUACCCCCGAGAGCAGAUCAACCAGCUCACUUCCUAUAUCGACGCGUCCAAUGUGUACGGCAGCACAGACCACGAAGCCCGCAGCAUCCGGGACCUGGCUAGCCACCGUGGCCUGCUGCGCCAGGGCAUCGUGCAGAGGUCUGGCAAGCCUCUGCUUCCCUUUGCCACGGGGCCGCCCACCGAGUGCACGCGUGAUGAGAAUGAGAGCCCCAUACCAUGCUUUCUGGCUGGUGACCACCGUGCUAAUGAGCAGCUGGGCCUGACCAGCAUGCACACCCUGUGGUUCCGGGAGCACAACCGCAUUGCAGCGGAACUGCUGAAGCUGAACCCACACUGGGAUGGGGAUACCGUCUACCACGAGACACGCAAGAUAGUGGGGGCAGAGAUACAGCACAUUACCUACCGGCACUGGCUACCCAAGAUCCUGGGAGAGGUGGGCAUGAAGAUGCUCGGCGAGUACCGGGGAUACGAUCCCAGUGUCAACGCUGGCAUCUUUAACGCUUUUGCCACGGCAGCCUUCAGGUUUGGCCACACGCUGAUCAACCCUCUGCUCUACCGGCUGGACGAGAACUUUGAGCCCAUCCCACAGGGCCACGUGCCUCUCCACAAGGCCUUCUUCUCGCCGUUCCGGAUCGUCAAUGAGGGGGGCAUUGACCCGCUGCUCCGAGGGCUGUUUGGAGUGGCCGGCAAGAUGCGCAUCCCCUCCCAGUUAUUGAACACGGAGCUCACGGAGAGGCUCUUCUCCAUGGCACACACAGUGGCCCUUGACCUGGCCGCCAUCAACAUCCAGCGAGGCAGGGACCAUGGCAUCCCACCUUACCAUGACUACAGGGUCUACUGCAACUUGUCAGCGGCCUACACCUUUGAGGACCUGAAAAAUGAAAUCAAGAGCCCCGUGAUCCGGGAGAAGCUGCAGAGGCUGUAUGGCUCAACUCUCAACAUUGACCUGUUCCCGGCCCUCAUGGUAGAAGACCUGGUCCCCGGCAGCCGCUUGGGACCUACACUCAUGUGCCUGCUCAGCACACAGUUCCGACGCCUGCGGGAUGGAGACAGGUUGUGGUACGAGAACCCAGGCGUGUUCUCCCCCGCUCAGCUGACGCAGCUCAAGCAGACGUCCUUGGCUAGGAUCCUUUGUGAUAACUCAGACAACAUCACCCGGGUGCAGCAGGACGUGUUCAGGGUGGCAGAGUUCCCCCAUGGCUAUAGCAGCUGUGAGGACAUCCCCAGGGUGGACCUGCGCGUGUGGCAGGAUUGCUGUGAAGACUGCAGGACCAGGGGACAGUUCAAUGCCUUCUCCUACCAUUUCCGUGGUAGACGAUCCCUAGAAUUCAGCUAUGAGGAGGAUAAGCCCACCAGGAGAGCAAGGCGCCAGAAGGCACUAAAUGUGAAAUAUGGCAAACAUCUUAGUAAUGCCACGUCAGCCUCCCAUGACCCCUUGGAAGGGCCGGCAACCAAUGAUCUAAAGACGCUUAUUCUGGAAAUGCAGACGGUCAUCACAGACCUCAGAAAGCAGAUAACCAGCCUGGAGUCUCGGCUCAGCACCACGGAGUGUGUGGAUGAUGGUGGCGAAUCCCACAGCAACAACUCGAAGUGGAAAAAAGACACGUGCACAGUUUGUGAGUGCAAAAAUGGUCAGGUCACCUGCUUUGUGGAAGCUUGUCCGCCUGCAGCCUGCCCAGAGCCUGUGAAACUGGAAGGUGCUUGCUGUCCCGUCUGCCUAGGAAACACCGCAGGCGAGAAACCGUAGUGGUCGUGAGCUGAGCACCUCGAAGCUGGUCCACAGAGUCCUUGUGAGCUUAGAUGGCAACGUGGGGGGCUGCGGAUCACCGGACAAGUUGGAACCCCAGAUCUUUCAGGACCCCCACUGUGUCACCCCCGAAGCAGCCCAUGCUAUGUUUGCAGAAGGAAAUUGAGUAGGCAGGAGUUGGGUGCAGGAGUGUCUCUGGUCCUCACUUCAUGUUAGACUUCUCAGGUUUUUAUUUAAUUAUUUUUAAAUGAAAAAAAAAUUUGGUGCUACUAUUAAAUCGCAGUUAAGACAUGUAGGUUCCUAAUAUGUUUCUGUCUGAGGAUGCCACUUCUGUUUAAUGAGGCAGGAAGCCUUUGACAUUUUGACAGGCUUCAUUUAAACAGAAACUUUUUUUUUUUUUAGGCAAAAGGGGGAAAUUUAGUGGCAUUUCAAUUGUAGUUUAAUAAAUAGGAACACAGGAACUCUAGGGCUUCCUCCUGCCACCCCCUCUUGUCUGCUGUCUUUACCCCCCACCUCCAGGGCUCUUCAGCGUCUGACCACAAUACCAAUACAAUCCUGCAUCUUGGGACCAUGCCAGCCCUUUGACCCAGGACUGGCAUCACAGUAUUACGCCACAUUUAGAAAUGAUCUUGUGUCCACUUGGAACGUGUGUAAAUACUGCCUUGCUGGAAACCGAAUGUGAAAUCCUUUGGUCCCAUGCCAUAUCCAGUGACCCGAACAGCCCCUUACAUCGGCGCAAUGAUGUACAGCCACCGCCUGCCAUGGUUUCUGACUGUAGUGGAGGGAGAGUUGGUUCACUUCUCACCCCUGCCAUAGGUGACAGGCAGGCAGAGCCUGAAUGCCUGAGAUCACGUUGUAUGAAUGCUUUAAAGGAAAAAAAAAUCCCUAUACCUCAUUUUUUUAUUGCAUGAUGUUUUAUAAAAAUUUCCCAUUUUAGAUGUUAGAAAAAUUAUCUCCACUAUGCAAAAUAUGUUUUUUAAUUCAGUGGAAAGCAACUAUUAUACCUCAUAGUCUCUUGUUUUUAAUUGAACAAAAUGAUCCAUUCUAUUCUCACAAGGUUCUGAGGUCUCUCCCCUGAACAAACACUGAUAUACCCAGCACUGUGUGCCAUCCAUGUGUGUACAUCAAGAGGGUCACCUGCCCAAGGUCUAGGGAGGAAGACCUCAAGGACAUAGACUAGUCAGUGCCAGUUUGAGAAGGGCAAAAUGGGUGUCAUUAUAAGGAGUCCAUGGUCAGAUCAGGCAAUGGUCAAUUCCUCGCAGCCUCUGGCUUGUGUUGAACAGUAAGGCCAUUUUGGUACAGUCUAUGGGUGAUCCUUAUGCUGAUAUGAUUAGCUUCCUAGAGACAGACAGAGCCACAUGUGUAAGGCUGCUGAGCGAAGACAGCAUCCUAGCAUGGGCGCAUUCACCGUGGACUCACCACGUUGCCUUUCCCUCCUGUUGCUAAUGAUAUUCAGAAGCCAGUGGUCCAGCACGCAUGGGCAUUUGUGUAAUAUUAAGUUGAGCUCAGUGAUGAGAUCUCAGAAUAGACUUCCGUGAAGUAGGAGACAGAACCGUGCCAUGGGAGAUCUGAUGGCCGUGUAGUUGCUCAGGCAUAGAUCGAAGUGGCAGGAGAGCCUGUCCUGGGUAGCUGGUAUUUCACAUGAGCCCUGGGGUGUCUUGUACCAAGGCAUACAAGUGCACGGGGUUCUUAGACAGGUGUCAAGGGUCUUUGUCCUCUGAUCCUGUGAAGAAAACUGGCUGUGAUUCAUAGUAAUUUCUGUCAUUCAAACCAAGAUGUCUCCAGAUCUCCAUGUUGAUGUUACAGCGUCCCUGGCCAGGCAGUGGGCAGUGCCCAGACACCCUUCCCUAUGAGCUGCUGCACUGGGCUUCUGAGAUACAAAGCAGUGUACAUAUUUAUUUCCUUUUCUGACUGUUGCCAACAGCCAAAUGCCAUUUUAUGUUCCUUGUAUUCAAUACAUUACCAAAGAGGUGUUCGCACUUUGUAAUGGCACCCUUUCAGUUCAAAUAAAAGGGCCACGUUGUCAAGUGGAGAA